AUGUCUCGAAAAAAUAAAAAUAAACCAUAUCUAAAACCUACUCCUGAAAACAGCAUAUCACCAGCCACACCACCACUACAAAAAACAACAAGCACCCAAACAGAUUCACCGGAGGAUCUUCGUUUCGUGUGCUUUACUUCGCUUCUCCUGAUGGUCUUUUCGUCGAUUUUUGUCUACCAUUUAUGGACAAUUCCACCGAUCGAUACAUGGGCGGUUUGGUGGUUUGCGUUCUGUAUGGAAAACCGUACAGUCCUCUUCUCAUCACAGUGGUUGGCUUGGUGA